UGAAUGUAAAUCCACAACUCGCGCGAGAAUGUUAGGGUUUUACGAUUGAUCGCUUCAACUCUGCAGCGAACGACUCAUCAAAAGAAUCGAGAAUGCCGACUUAUACAAUCAGGGGAAUCAAUGUGGAUUUCCCUUACAAGGCGUACGAUUGCCAGCUUGUUUACAUGGAAAAAGUCAUCCAAUCACUCCAAGACAAACGCAAUGCACUGCUAGAGAGUCCGACUGGAACUGGAAAGACAUUAUGUCUCUUGUGUGCUACAUUAGCUUGGAGGAAAAGUUUGGGGGAGUUUUCAAGGGGUCGGACUGAGAAAAGUAAUAUAAGAGAAAGUCAAGAUUCAGAUGAUGAAUUGUCCCAAUCUCAAUCUUCUUCUGUUCCAAAAAUAAUCUACACAUCGCGCACCCACAGUCAGAUAAAGCAAGUAAUUCAAGAGCUUAAGAGAUGCAAGUACAGACCCAAAAUGGCGGUCUUAGGAUCUCGAGAGCAAUUGUGCAUUCAUGAACAAGUAAGUUUACUACAUGGAAAGACACAGACACAUGCCUGCCAUGCCCUAUGCAAAAAACGCACCAAGAGAUUUUGUUCUCAUUUUUCCCGUGUUAAAGAGUUUGUGGUGAAAAAUCCUGGGAUUGGAGAUGAUCCAAUUGAUAUAGAGGAUUUGGUCAAUGUUGGGAGGAGCUGUGGACCGUGCCCUUAUUUUCUGUCACGGGAGAUUCAUAGGGAUGCUGACAUCUUAUUUGCACCUUACAACUAUCUCAUUGAUCGUGGCAACAGAAAGUCGCUGAAAAUUAACUGGAAUAACAGCAUCCUUAUUUUUGAUGAGGCUCAUAACUUGGAAGCCUUAUGUGCGGAUGCAGCUUCCUUUGAUCUGCCUUCAAGUCUUUUGACGGCUUGCAUAUCUGAGGCUAAAAAUUGUGUUGACCUUUCCAUAGCCAGGAGAGAAGUAUCAAGUGAUAAAUCUUGUAAUCCAGAUAAUUUUGCUAUUCUAAAAGCACUUCUUUUGAAGCUUGAGAAGACAAUAGCUGAGGUGUCGAUUGAAUCCAAAGAAUUAGGUUUUACGAGGGAUGGUCCUUACAUUUAUGAGCUACUAGCUCAGUUAAAUAUUACUCAAUCAACUGCCAACAUGCUUAUGGGGAUUAUUGAAAAAGCAUGUGCACUCCUUGAAGAAGAUGCAAAUGGAAGUGACAGUACACGGUCAAACAAAACAAAUGCAACUGUAUGCAGACUGGAAACCAUGGGUGACAUUCUUAGGCUGAUAUUCAAGGACAACGGAAAUGCUCAUGCCCAAUAUUACCGUCUUCAUGUCCAGGAAGUUGAAGGUAGUGCCACAGAUGGCUUUAGAGGAAAAACUUCUAGAACCCUUAGCUGGUGGUGCUUCAAUCCUGGAAUUGCCAUGGAAGAAUUUACCAGCCUAGGUGUUGGAUCUAUCAUAUUGACAUCCGGUACCUUGUCUCCCAUGGAUUCUUUUGCAGAUGAAUUGAAAUUAGAAUUUCCUAUACGUCUGGAGAAUCCUCAUGUCAUAUCAGAAAAUCAGAUAUGGGCGGGGGUUGCAUCAGUUGGGCCAUCUGGUUAUUCCUUCAAUUCUUCAUAUCGCACUCGUGGUACGGCAGAGUACAAACAGGAACUUGGCAAUGCCAUUGUCAAUUUUGCUCGAAUUGUACCAGAUGGACUGCUUGUAUUUUUUCCAUCUUACUAUGUUCUGGAUCAGUGCAUUAGCAGCUGGAAAGAUGUGGGUCCAAAUCUGACAAAUUCAACUACUAUUUGGGAAAGAAUCUGUAAGCACAAGUUACCUGUUGUGGAACCUAGACAGUCAUCACUUUUUCCUAUGGCAAUCGAAGACUAUAUGACAAAGUUAAAGGAACCCACCGCUUCUGGGGCUAUUUUCUUUGCAGUCUGCCGUGGCAAGGUCAGUGAAGGACUGGACUUUGCAGACCAUGCGGGUAGAGCUGUGGUCAUCACUGGAUUGCCAUUUGCCACUAUGAUUGAUCCGAAGGUCCGCCUAAAACGUGAAUACUUGGAUCAACAUUUACAUUCACAAAAGACUGGAAACAAGGGUUUGACUGGAGAAGAUUGGUAUUCUCAGCAAGCAUCAAGGGCUGUAAAUCAGGCUGUUGGCCGUGUCAUUCGUCACCAGCAUGAUUAUGGAGCAAUUAUCUUUUGUGAUGAGAGGUUUGCACAUUCAAACCGCAAAUCUCAAAUAUCAUUGUGGAUACAACCUCAUGUCAAGUGUUACUCAAAAUUUGGGGAUGUAGUUUACACAUUGACCCGUUUUUUCCGAGAUGGGGGAACAAGAGGCCCUACAAAGCUUGAGCUGGAAAAAAAGGCAGAUCAGGAAAAUCCUAAUGAUUCACAAAGUUUUGCACUUUCAGAAAAACUUCCUGUUCCUGAGAUGUCAGUUGUAGAUCCAAGUUUCUCCCUGGGCUUGAUAUCUACUAGACAGUCCAAACAAGGCAAUAUUUCCAGCAAUCUGAAGGAGAUAGUUCCUGCCAAUCGCUCUUUUCUGAAACCGGAAAACGGUUUUCGAAAUACAAUUUUGAAGUGUUCUGGUUAUCUGACAAACACAGGAAAAGAACCCUCGAUCAGUGAGAAGAAAAAUAUAAAGGAUUCAGAUGCAGAAAUGGGUGACCUCGUUGAAACUUCACUAAUGAAAAAACGUAGAAUGCUGAUAACAGGGCCCAGUCAGUCUAAACAGCAAGAGAUGACUGAUCACCCCCUUAAAAGAGUUAAAAUUGAAAAUUCGCAGUGUUCUGAGAAUGCCGGCAGCCAGAAUCCACUAGGUCAAGAAGACCUGAGAGUCAACAACAACAUGGUUACACAUAGGAGUACUAUUAAUCUCAGCAUUCCCAAACAGAAGAAUGUUGUACAUCAGACUGCAGUUCAUAGAAAUGAAGAGACAAAGGGUUCAGCCUUUCUCAACCAGGUUCGGCAAAAACUUAGUGAUGCAGAGUACAAAGAAUUUGUAGGCUUCAUGAAGGCACUGAAAUCUAAAACAAUGAAGAUAGGUCACGUCUUGGAAUCUAUUGCUGCGCUAUUUUCUGCUCCGGACCGGCACUCACUUCUGCAUGGAUUCAAGGAUUAUGUUCCGGCCAAGUAUCAUGAGCUGUACGAAUACUACUUGUGUGCCACUAGCAAAGCAGUCGACGUUUGAGUCAUGCUCGACGCAACAAUUGGACAAGCUCAUCGGCACCAUUCUCUCUCAGAUAUUAUAUAGUCCUAUGAUUACUUUUGGAAAGUGCUGUUGCAUUAUCUGAAAUUCUGAAUCGAAGAUUUCAUCCAAAUUGGGGAGAAAUUCAUCAUCUCCAUUGCAGCAUGUUGAUGUGUAGAAUCUGCAGCAUUUGCAGUUUGAUUCAUCGUCUUCCCCUUAUAAAGUUUAUUGUAGAAAUUAUUGGUCCAAAUUUUGAAUAUAGUUUGUAGCUAUUUUUUUUUUCGUUAUUCCUAUACUAUCACUGUGCUGUAUGGACUGACUGUUAAAUAA